AUGGUAUGGAGAAAUGCGAUUAAAAUUGUGAUCGCAACUAGCGAAGCUUUGAGUAAAGCAUUCACUCGAGCUGUACGGGAAGAAAUUAGAGCAAACAGACAAGCAGCAGCCAAUCGCGCUCAGCAUACUGGCCAAAGUCAAAAUGAAGCACGUGAGGCAAGUCGAACAAAUGCGAGACUUGGAAUAUCUUUGCAGGAAGCGAUGAAAAUCUUGAAUGUGCAAGAUCCACUGAAGCCUGAAGAAGUCGAAAAGAAUUACAGGCAUUUAUUUGGUAUAAAUGACAAAACUAAAGGAGGUUCAUUGUAUCUACAGUCUAAAGUGUAUCGUGCAAAAGAACGCAUAGAUGAAGAAUUACAAAAACAGUUCAGAGAAGAAAUUGUUCAGGAAGCGAAAGAAGUGAAAAGGGAUGGAAAAAGUUGA